GCAAUAUAGAUCAGUUCAGCAACUUUUUACGUGUUCCGUUUCCGGUUGGAGCGUUUUGUUUUUGUUGUUUAAAUCGUAAAUUUCAUAUUAUUCAGUGUUAAGCAUCGAGUAUCUAAAAUGAGUAAGGCCCAUCCCCCAGAAUUGAAAAAGUACAUGGAAAAAGUGCUGACUUUAAAACUAAAUGGCAAUCGUAAAGUGACCGGGACACUUAGAGGGUUUGACCCCUUUAUGAACCUUGUUGUAGAUGAUGCUGUUGAGGAGACCAAGUCAGGAGAAAAACGUAACAUUGGGAUGGUGGUGAUCCGAGGUAACAGUGUGGUCUUGUUAGAGUCUCAAGAAAGAAUCUGAUGUAUAUACUACCUGCAUCAUUUCACUUGUACAAACAUUCAUCUUCGCUUAUUCAACUGUAGGAGUGUCAGAAGCCACAUAGUGAACUUGUUUCAUUUGGACAUUGUGGACUAAACAGUGUUGUAUUAUAAUUGUUAUUAGCUUUUAAAAUGUUCUUGUAACUAUUUUAUGUUGCUUUGUACUGAAACACACAUUGGCAGAUGACCAUGUCAUUAAUAAGAUUGUUUCCAGUGGUGUUACUGAUGGAAAGUCUUGAAUACCAUUUUGUUUAGAAUACAAGUUUGUUUGUUGUUUUUUUAAUAAA